AUCUGCAUAGACGUCGUAGAAUGGAAACCCUUCGAAUGGUUCAUCUUACUGACCAUCUUCGCCAACUGCGUGGCUCUGGCGGUCUACACGCCUUACCCUAAUUCAGACUCCAAUGCCACCAACGCUAAACUGGAACAAAUCGAGAUUAUCUUUAUGGUAAUAUUUACGGUAGAAUGUUUUAUGAAGAUUAUAGCCUACGGGUUCGCCCUCCACCAGGGGGCGUAUAUACGUUCAGUAUGGAACUUUCUCGAUUUUCUCAUCGUCGUCAUUGGUUUGAUAAGCGGCGCACUAGACUUCCUCAUGCAGGGGGAGGGCGGCGAAGCGAGCUUCGACGUCAAGGCGCUCAGGGCCUUCCGAGUCCUGCGUCCUCUCAGACUUGUGUCAGGAGUCCCAAGUCUUCAGGUGGUGUUGAACUCCAUCGUGAAGGCUAUGGUGCCGCUGCUCAACAUCGCUCUUCUCGUCAUGUUCGUCAUCAUCAUCUACGCUAUCAUCGGGCUGGAGCUUUUCUCCGGCGCGCUCCAUUUUACCUGCUAUAAUAAUGAAACAGGUAACCGCAUGGAAAACCCUCAUCCGUGCGACAACGGGACGGCGGGCUUCAGCUGUUCCGAUCUAAAUAAGGAUGGCCAAUUUUAUGUGUGUCGAGACGGCUGGGAAGGACCCAACUAUGGCAUCACGAACUUCGAUAAUUUUGGCCUCGCAAUGUUAACAGUGUUCCAGUGUAUAACUAUGGAGGGCUGGACAGAUAUGAUGUAUUAUAUUGCAGAUGCCAUGGGUAAUAGUUGGCAGUGGAUCUUCUUUGUAUCCAUGAUCAUCCUCGGGGCCUUCUUCGUCAUGAACCUGAUUCUUGGUGUCCUCAGCGGAGAAUUCUCCAAAGAGAGAGAAAAAGCACAGGCACGAGGAGACUUCAUGAAACUAAGAAAAAAGCAGCAGAUCGAGGAGGAUCUGAGAGGUUAUCUAGAAUGGAUAACAGCCGCAGAAGACAUAGAAAUGGAAGGGGAUGAGAAGAAGGAAGCCGAUGACGGGCGCCGUUUAGUUCUGCCGGGAGCCAGCAACCGUGGAGCCAUGUCGGUGGCCUCCCCAACCUCCCUUCUGCUCUUCUUGCCCCUCUUCUCUAUGCGUAACUCCAAAACUGUAGAAGCUGACAUAGAUAAGGGUGAAGAAAAUGAUGAAAAUCAACAGCCAUCGUGGUGGCAAAAAAAGAAGAAGGGUUUUGAUCGCUUCGUGAAAGGGAUGGUAGGUGUUAAUCGGAGAUGCAGGCGGGCGUGUCGAAAAGCUGUAAAAUCACAAGCAUUUUACUGGCUCAUCAUUGUUCUUGUCUUCCUCAACACUGCAGUCCUGGCCAGUGAGCACUAUCGGCAACCUGACUGGCUUAGCAAGUUCCAAGAUUAUACCAAUCUUUUCUUCGUGGUGCUGUUUACAUGUGAAAUGUUGUUAAAGAUGUACAGUUUAGGCUUCCAAGGCUACUUUGUGUCUUUGUUCAAUCGUUUUGAUUGUUUUGUGGUGAUCAGCAGCAUCACCGAGGUGGUUCUCACAUCCACUGAGCUUAUGCCUCCACUGGGUGUCUCGGUGCUCAGAUGUGUCCGUCUUCUCAGAGUAUUCAAAGUGACAAAAUAUUGGCGGUCACUCUCCAACCUGGUUGCUUCCCUUCUCAACUCCAUCCAGUCCAUCGCCUCCCUGCUGCUCCUGCUCUUCCUCUUUAUUAUUAUCUUUGCUCUUCUGGGCAUGCAAGUCUUCGGUGGCCGCUUUAAUUUUAACCCAAUGGAGGACAAACCGCGGCAUAAUUUUGACAACUUCGUUCAGGCCAUGUUGACAGUGUUCCAGAUCCUGACAGGUGAGGAUUGGAACGUAGUUAUGUAUGAUGGUAUUCGUGCCUAUGGUGGAGUGGCCACUGCUGGCAUCAUCGCCUGUUUCUACUUCAUCAUUCUUUUCAUCUGUGGUAAUUACAUCUUGCUCAAUGUCUUCUUGGCUAUCGCUGUCGAUAACUUGGCUGAUGCUGAUGCUCUUGGUGAUGCUGAAGAGGAAGAAGGCAAAGAGGGAGAGGAGGGUGAAGGUGGAGGUGGUGAAGAAGGUGAAAAGAUAGAAGAAGAAGGUAUAGAAGGUGAAGAAAAGACAGCACUAAAUCACAUAGCUAUGAGGGAUGGUGAUGCUGCCAGUCAUGCAAAGGUACAGAUAGAACAUGACCAAAUACCAGAAGAAGGAAAAUAUGAUGAUUAUGAAAAUGAAGGGGAUAUGGAAGAAGAGGAGGAAGAAGUGGAAGAGGAGAGCGAGGAACAUCCACCUGGAGCCAGACCACGGCGUGCAUCGCAGCUCAGUACUGCCACCAAAAUCAAGCCAUUGCCCCCGUUCUCCAGUUUUUUUAUUUUCUCCCACACAAACAGGUUUCGAGUUUUUUGCCACAAGAUUUGCAACCACAGCCUCUUCAGCAAUGUCAUUCUGGUAUGCAUUCUCAUAUCAUCCGGCAUGUUGGCUGCUGAGGACCCCCUUCGUUCCGAUUCUCAGCGUAAUGUUAUUCUGAACUACUUCGACAUCUUCUUCACAUCAGUGUUCACAGUGGAGAUUUGCCUAAAAGUUAUAUCAUAUGGCUUUAUUCUUCACAAAGGAGCCUUUCUACGCUCUGCCUUUAAUGGUUUGGACCUGUUGGUUGUGGCCGUCUCCCUGAUCUCCUUCUCCUUCAAGGAUGGAGCUAUCUCGGUGGUCAAGAUCCUCCGUGUGCUCCGUGUGCUGAGGCCACUCAGGGCUAUCAACAGGGCCAAGGGUUUGAAGCAUGUAGUUCAGUGCGUCAUUGUGGCCAUUAAGACCAUCGGCAACAUCAUGCUGGUCACCUGUCUCCUAGAAUUCAUGUUCGCUGUAAUUGGAGUUCAGUUGUUCAAGGGGCCAAUACAUUGUAUAUCAGGAUGGAGACAUAAACAAACCCAUGGUGGAGAAGAGAGUUUGGGAGAAAAACUCAUUCCACUUUGACAACGUGGCCAAGGCAAUGCUGACCCUUUUCACAGUAUCUACGUUUGAGGGUUGGCCUGGGUUGCUUUAUGUUUCCAUCGACUCCAACACAGAGGAUGUGGGUCCUGUACAUAACUACCGACCCAUGGUAGCAAUCUACUACAUCAUCUAUAUCAUCAUCAUUGCCUUCUUCAUGGUUAACAUCUUCGUUGGUUUUGUUAUUGUCACCUUCCAGAGCGAGGGAGAGCAAGAGUACAAGAACUGUUGUCUAGACAAAAAUCAGAGGAACUGUAUAGAGUUUGCACUGAAGGCCAAACCUGUGCGGCGUUACAUUCCCAAGAACAGAUUCCAGUACAAGAUCUGGUGGUUUGUGACAUCACAGCCAUUUGAAUACGCAAUCUUCACUUUAAUCAUGCUGAACACAGUCUCCUUAGCUAUGAAGUUCCGUGGGGAGCCAGAGGCCUACACUCAUGCCCUUGAUAUUCUCAAUCUCAUCUUCACUGCUGUCUUUGCCCUUGAGUUUGUCCUCAAGAUUAUGGCCUUCAGAUUCAAGUAUUACUUUGGCGACGCGUGGAAUGUGUUUGAUUUCAUCAUUGUGCUUGGCAGCUUCAUUGAUAUCGUCUACUCAGAGGUCAAUCCGGGCUCCAAUCUCUUCUCUAUCAACUUCUUCCGACUCUUCCGUGUGAUGCGUCUGGUGAAGUUGCUGUCAAAGGGUGAAGGCAUCAGAACGUUGCUGUGGACCUUCAUUAAGAGCUUCCAGGCACUGCCCUAUGUUGCCCUCCUCAUCUUGCUGCUCUUCUUCAUCUAUGGUGUUGUUGGCAUGCAGGUGUUUGGCAAGAUUGCACUGGACUGGAGCACGCAGAUCCAUCGUCACAACAACUUCCAGAGCUUCUUCCAAGCAGUAAUGGUUCUUUUUAGGUCUGCCACAGGAGAGGCAUGGCAGGAUAUCAUGUUGUCCUGCCUCCCACCUGAUGCUCGGUGUGACAUGCAGUCUGAUGAUUACAGUGAUGAUAUAUCUUGUGGCUCUAAUGUGGCAUACCCAUAUUUCAUUUCCUUCUACACUCUCUGUUCUUUCUUGAUCAUUAACUUGUUUGUGGCUGUCAUCAUGGAUAACUUUGACUACCUAACUCGUGAUUGGUCCAUCCUUGGCCCUCACCACCUGGAUGAGUUCAUCACUCUAUGGUCAGAGUACGACCCUGACGCAAAGGGCAGAAUUAAACAUCUAGACGUUGUUACACUUCUCAGAAAAAUAUCACCUCCUUUAGGCUUUGGAAAACUUUGUCCAUACAGAGUAGCAUGUAAACGUUUAGUGGCCAUGAACAUGCCGUUAAAUACAGACGGUACAGUUAUGUUCAAUGCAACAUUAUUUGCCCUUGUAAGAACAUCUUUAAGGAUAAAAACUGAGGGCAAUAUUGAUACUGCCAAUGAGGAAUUAAGAGCAGUCAUCAAGAAAAUCUGGAAGCGUACAAAUCCCAAACUUCUAGACCAAGUUGUACCACCAGUUGGAGUUGAAGAUGAUGUGACUGUGGGCAAAUUUUACGCUACCUACCUCAUCCAGGACUACUUCAGACGCUUUAAGAAGAAGAAGAUGGAGAUCAAAGAACAAAUUGAUAAGGAGUCUGCAAACACUGUUACACUUCAGGCUGGCCUGAGAACACUACAUGAAGCUGGUCCCGAGUUGAAACGUGCCAUAUCGGGCAACUUAGAUGAGAUGCGUGAUGAUGAUAUUCCCACGCAUAGGAUUUCUCCAACCAACUCACUCUCAUACUCUCCUGCACAUUCUAAUGAGAAAACUGCGCUCAACCAUACUGCGCACCGUCCUCCAACCCCAUUGGAAAGCUCACAGUCCAUGGGGGAAGAAGAGGAGGGAAUCCCUAUGCGUCCUCUUAGGAUAAUGAACGGGGAUCCUGAGAGAAGAGCAAAUCUAGUAAUAAAGGACAAACAAAUGCAGUAUUUGACGCCCGACUAUCAUGCGACCUCUCACAGUGAGAGCAAUGGGAGCCUCCCCGGUGACCGCCACUCCCAGAGUGUCCCAAGCAGUCCCAGAAGUGUCUCUAGGCCUUAUUCUGAGGUCGUAGGCUCUGCUGAAAGUCUGGUUGGGAGGGUAAGCAUUUUUAUUUUAUUUUUUAAUUUUUUUAUUUUUUUUCAUCUUUUGGUAAUGAUAAAUCUCUCCAAGUAAGUAUGAGAUAUUUUG